AUGCUAGGCGUGCUCCUCCAACUGAAACAGGGAGCGUCAUCUCUAUUUGACACAGACUACCCGACUGUUGUGAUCCUCAUUCUUGCUCUAGUCGUUUACGGUGGAUCAUUAAUUGGCGCUACAUAUAUAAAUCAAGAUCACCUUAAUUUGAAUUUGGAAAAAUUCAUGAGCAAGAUUAGCCUCCUUUUUGGAGCUGUUUCCGUAGUUUUGGAAUUGGUGAUCCUAGUCCCGAAUUUAGGGUUAGCCGCCCUCUUCUUUUGGAUCGUUUGGUUUGUGAGCUUCGUAGGUGAGUACGCGUGCCUAUACUUGGAAACGUUGUAUAAAAGUGGAGUUGCAAGAAUUGUUCAGGCCUUUGAAAAACUGAAAGAAUAUGUUGCCCGAUUCACAGUGAGACCCGAUGAGCAAAUUGGGUUGCCCUAA